AACGUGAAGGUUAAAACCCGGAGCCCCCUCAGAGUGACCCGCACUGAGAGGCUGAGCAGCUCCGCACAAGGAGACGCCACUGAACUUCAGCGCUGCUUGAUGGACGGUGUGACCGAGCUGUGAUCCGUGGAGAAAGGACAAAUAUCAUCUGACAGACUUCCUGAGGCGGUCCCGGGACAAAUCAGCACUGAUUGCUAUGAUGAUAAAGCCAUAUGUUAGACAAGGGGAGGGUGAGGAGGUCGUCAGCCCUCUGCAGUGGAUGGACGGAGACAUGAGCUCACCUGAUGGGGAUCCAUCGGCCCCAUCGCACAGCUACAGAACAGGUGACAUGAUCCAACAGGCCAGAGAGAUGGGGAGUGAGGAUGCAGAGGAAGAUGAGGAGGACAGAGAGGAAGGACCAGAGGAUGAAUCAAAACGACGAGGGCCUAAGAGAAAGAGGAUGACCAAGGCCCGGCAGGAGCGUUUCCGUGCGAGGCGAAUAAAAGCGAAUGCCAGGGAGCGCUCGCGUAUGCACGGCCUAAAUGAUGCACUUGAAAACCUGCGCAGCAUCAUGCCCUGUCACUCCAAAACACAGAAGCUGUCCAAGAUCGAGACGUUACGGCUGGCCCGCAACUACAUCUGUGCUCUGUCUGAGGCUCUGGAGGGGGGCCUGUCCACAGAAAGCAGGGCUUUCAUGGAAACGCUGUGUAAGGGACUGUCACAGCCCACGACCAACCUGGUUGCCGGCUGCUUACAGAUGGGACCAGCUCCGGGUCCUGGGAUGAGGCCUGAAGACAGACAUGGAGGUCGGCCACCACCUACACUUGGUGGCAUGGUGAGCUACUCCUCUCCAGGACUGCCAAGUCCCCCAUAUGGCACAUUUGACUCAGCUCACCUGCUUCACUUGAGGGCGAUGAAGGGAAGACCCUAUGAGAAUCACUCACCAAACGAGUACAACGCUGGUGGCGUGGGAACCCCUCCAUAUGAUGGCCCGCCUACACCACCUCUCAGCAUCAGUAGCAACCUGGUGCCCAAACAGGAGCCUUCACCUCAUUACCCACCUUCCCACCGCUACUCUCCCACCCCUGUGGAGCAGGUGCUGUAUCAUACACAGACCGGAUAUGAUGUACACUUAGAGGGGCCAUAUGACUCCUAUCAUCCACCGCACAUGCCCCCCCGACAGAUUACAUCUGUCUACAGAGACUGAGGGGGAUCGGGAGCGUCGGUUCCACAUCAGCCUUCAGUACGACUUGAAGGAUGGAGUCCCGUCCUUCACAAACACUCAGGCUGAUUUAAAGAAGCUGGCUCUCUCUCAGUAGACAGACUGGUAGUCAAGCACUGUAGAAUAGUUUGUUUUUUAACACUUGUGGAACAUUUGCACAGUAGAGUAGCACUACUCAGCAUUGCUAGUAUUAGAAAAUAUUUGACUUAAACCAAUAAAUUGUUUUCCAAAACUCAUUUACCAAAUGAUAUAAGGACAUAGCAGGCUGCUGCUGUCCAGCUUCCCGGGUACUGUAAAAUAAGCACUUCUAAUUAAGCUUUGGUAACACCAGAUAUUAUUCCACAUAAAGUAUUUUUAAUUUAUUCGUUAAUUUAAGAUAGUGUAAAUUAUUUUUUUUCUGAUGUGUGUGUUUUUGUUUUUUUUGUUUUUAUUUGUACAUAUUUGUAGUCCAAGCUUUUCUUUGUCACUUAGACUCAUCCAUCUACCGUAAUAGCUUAUCCUUGUUUUGUGUCCAGUUUUUUGUUCCAUUAUAUUCAAGUUUCACACUUGAAACCAUUCAUUUGUGGGGAUCAAGCUGAUCUUCUGUGAGUAAUGACCGAAGAGAGAGAUAUUUGUUUGUUUGUCUUUAUUUUAAAUUUUCUGUAAUGUGGAGGUUUGCAAAGGGGAUCGCGGAGAAGCAAAAAUUGUAAUUCUCAGGUUAAAAUUGUAAAGAAACUGCAACAUAUGACUGUUUUUCUUUUCAGUCUUGUUUCCUUUGGGACAAUUGAUGUUAUUAAAAUACUGAAAGUUCAAUUAAGUCUGUUU